UCCACAGUGCUUCACAGUGCAGUUCGAGUCAAUUCGAGUUUCGAGUGUUCGACGUUCGUCGUGCCACGAACGCGCAGUGGUGUACAGUGGCGUGACACUGUGCGCGACAGUGCGUACGUGGGUGCGCGUCCCGCCCGUGGUAUCAGCAAAAAUAUGCAAAAGUAUGAGAAGCUCGAAAAAAUAGGAGAAGGCACUUAUGGCACCGUGUUCAAAGCCAAGAAUCGCGAGACGCACGAAAUCGUCGCGCUGAAGCGGGUGCGACUGGACGAUGAUGAUGAAGGUGUACCAUCAUCAGCUCUACGGGAGAUCUGUCUUCUGAAGGAACUCAAGCAUAAAAAUAUAGUUCGUCUCUAUGAUGUGCUGCACAGCGACAAGAAGCUCACCUUGGUAUUUGAACACUGUGAUCAGGAUCUCAAGAAGUAUUUUGAUAGUCUAAAUGGAGAAAUUGACUUGGACGUCGUUAAAUCAUUCCUAUAUCAAUUGUUAAGAGGAUUAGCAUUCUGCCAUAGCCGUAAUGUUCUGCACAGAGAUCUCAAACCACAAAACUUACUCAUCAACAAGAACGGGGAGUUGAAGCUCGCUGAUUUUGGAUUAGCAAGAGCAUUUGGUAUCCCUGUAAAAUGUUACUCGGCAGAAGUUGUUACAUUAUGGUACCGUCCCCCAGAUGUUCUUUUCGGAGCGAAAUUAUAUACAACGUCCAUUGAUAUGUGGAGCGCGGGAUGCAUAUUCGCUGAAUUAGCGAACGCCGGCAGACCGCUUUUUCCUGGAUCGGAUGUAGAUGAUCAGUUGAAAAGAAUAUUCAAAAUGUUAGGCACACCGACUGAAGAAACGUGGCCAGAUUUAACGACACUUCCUGAUUACAAACCAUUCCCGCAGUACCAUCCCACGCAAGGAUUGGCACAGGUUACACCUAAACUCACUUCAAGAGGCAAAGACUUACUUCAGAGAUUAUUAGUGUGUAAUCCGGCUCUACGGCUGUCGGCGGAGGAAGCGAUGGCACAUCCGUACUUCAACGACUUGAACCCUGUCAUAAAAAACGACCGAUGCCAAUAGCGAGUCAUCCCUCUUAGCUCAAACCAAUCACAAGCAAAUUACGACACGCAGCGA